GCCCCCAUGCGCCUGCGCAGUCGGUGAAGUCCUUGAUCCACAGUAGCCCAGGCUGGGGAGCAGAGUGUGUCAGCUGCGGAAGGAAAAUGCAGAGUUGGAGCCGCGUGUGUUGUACUUUGGGCAAGAAGGCUCACUUCAGUCAUCUCACCCCUGGACUGAAAAGAAUCUGUGCUGUGCCACUCAGAACCUAUGCAGACCAAGCCUUAGAUGCUGAUGUCACAGUCAUAGGCUCUGGUCCUGGAGGUUAUGUUGCUGCUAUCAAAGCUGCCCAGCUGGGCUUUCAGACUGUGUGUGUGGAAAAAAAUGACACUCUUGGCGGAACCUGUUUAAACGUUGGCUGUAUCCCCUCCAAGCUUAUAGAAAAUGCACUUCUACUGCCAGCUGAUUUCAGCUUUCAGCUGGUGUGA